GCCAACGACAAAAAGCCUUUUGUCCGGGGAAAUAAAUACGGAAGUCCCAGAAGAGCAGCCGUCCCUCCGUGUGUAGUAAGGUGCGCAGCCUGUGCUGCUUGUGGGCAUAGAGCUCCAGGCGUUUCACAGUUGCCCUAGACGACGUCUAGCAAACCGGAAGGGAGGGCACAGUGUCCUGAAAGAGACCAAGUGUGUUCUCUGGGCCGCUGAGAGACUGGCUCCCUCAGGCCUCCUGUUGUUCCCUGUCCUGUAAGUUCAGAGCAGGUGGAGUGGAUGAAGAGAAAGCAGGGAGAAAAUAACUCAAGUCAGAGCUUCCUCCAAGGGCACUGCAGACAUGGAGGAGGUUGGUAACUCUCUGAAUGGCAGUGAUGUGUUGGAGCCAGAGAAACCAGAAGCUGGACUUGAAAUGGCUCAGUCUAUCCUCAGUAAGUUCUCCAUGAAAUCCCUGUUUGGAUUUACAAGUAAAUUGGACUACAUGAAGCCUACAGAGGAAGAGGCAGUGCUGAAAGCAUUCCACAGCUUAGAUGUGGACCCCAUACCACGACAGGACGAUCCCAGCAAUGGUCUGGAUCUUCAGCAGACAGAGACUCCAGUUCUACCUGAUUCUCCAAAUGAUGGGAAUACUGCAAGGGUGGAGACAGGAUCAGAGGGAAGUCAUGGGAAAGCGGAAGCAGGGGCUUCGCUCCCUGGCCAAGAGCUUCUUCCACUUGCAGCUCUGGGUGUGGAUGGGGAUGAUGUCAUUUGUGUCCGUGGGACCCUCGUGCAGACUACCAGUGAUUCUGACUCUGACGGUGGUGGCCAGGAGCUGGAGGAAGGAGGCAGCACCAGCACUCCAAAGUCUCCCCAUGUUGCUUUAUCUGAACCAUCUCAGGAGUCCAAAGAGAACUUAGGAGAUGCUAGGGCAAUCAUUGCUCCUGGGGAAGUGGAUGAUGCCGAGCUGUGUGCAGAAGAUCCUCAAAGGACUCCCACAAGGAGUAGUGCCCUGGAACCUGAAGACAGUGGCCUUCAAACAGAGCACAGCCCCAGCCAUGGCCAUGCAGAAGGGUCCCAAGACCCACCUGCAGCAGCACACCAGAAUUUGAGUACUGAUGCUACUGAGGCUGUGUCUUCUAAAAGAGAAGUCCUUGGGGAGAAGUCAUUCCAGCUUCCGGCCUUUUUCAGUGGGCUUCGUGUGCUGAAGAAGGGGGCUGCAGCAGAGGUGGGAGAAACCAUCACUGAAAUUAAGCCAAAGGAUGGAGACCUGGCUUUGCUCAAGUUGACUCAGCCUGUCCAGAAGUCUCUGGGGCAGGCAGGGCCCCAGGCAGUGAAGAGCAGUGAGAGAACAACCGAUGCAAAGGCCACUCCCACUCUCCUGGAGCAGCUCUCUCAGCUGCUCAGCAUUGACAUGCCCAAAACUGACCCAAAGGCAGCAGACCCCGUGUUGCCCAGGGAAGCAGAGAUGGGCUGCAGUACUGACCAGGAGGGCCAGGGGGGCUCUGGAAAUGCCCAAGCCCAGAGCGGCGAGGUCAAGCCCAAGCCCCCAGAGACAGCCCUGGAAGCCUUCAAAGCCUUAUUCAUCCGUCCCCCCAAGAAGGGGACCACAGCUGACACUUCUGAGCUGGAAGCUCUCAAGCGCAAGAUGAGGCAUGAAAAGGAGUCCCUCAGAGCUGUGUUUGAACGGUCCAAGUCAAGGCCGGCGGAUGGUCCCUCAGAUUCCAAAAGUCCUGACCAGAGCCCCACAGAGCAGGACGACAGGACUCCGGGCCGACUCCAAGCUGUCUGGCCACCCCCAAAGACAAAAGACACAGAAGAGAAAGUGGGAUUGAAGUACACUGAAGCAGAAUACCAAGCUGCUAUUUUACACUUGAAGAGAGAACACAAAGAAGAAAUUGAAAACCUACAGGCUCAGUUUGAACUUCAGGCAUUUCAUAUACGGGGCGAGCACGCAGCAAUUACAGCUCGGCUGGAAGAAACCAUUGAAAAUCUCAAGCACCAGUUAGAAUGCCGAUGGCGAGGAGGAUGCCAGGAGCUGAGAGAUGCCUGCGUCUCCACCGACGACUGCCCUCCCAAGGCCUACAGAAAUGUGUGCAUCCAGACAGACAGACAGUCCUUCCUCAAACCCUGCGAGGGUGAGAGCAAGACAGCCAGAAGUAACCACAUAGUGCCCAAAAAGCUGAACAUCUCUUCUCUAAGCCAGCUCUCUCCCCCAAAUGACAACAAAGAUAUCCACACGCCACUUCAGAAUGGGGAAGGCAGCUCACCAAGUCACCCGAAGACGUCCCCUCCUGCUCCCCCAAUGCCCCCACCCCUUCCCAUUCCACCCCCUCCACCCCUCCCGUCUGUACUUGGAACUUCAGUGCCGCCAGAGCCCCCCACCCCAGCUGUGAGUGCUGCCCCUCCGCCUCCACCUCCUCCGCUGCCUCCUCCUCCGCUGCCUCCUCCCCCGCCCCUGCCUCCAAGUGCUGGACCUCUGGUGCCUCCUCCCCCACCACCACUUCCUAACUCCCAGGCUGUGCCUAGCAGCAGCGGGACACCCCCAACCCCUGCAUCCCUGGGACCUGCACCUCCACCCCCUCCUGGACUCUUCUUUGGACUCAGCUCUUCUUCCAGCCAAGCUCCUAGAAAGCCAGCUGUGGAGCCCCGUCAUCCCAUGAAGCCCUUGUACUGGACCAGAAUCCAGAUAGGAGAUGGGAGACAUUCUCAAGGAAUUAAUGAAAUGCUGGGCGUUUUCUCCUGGCACUCUCGGGGCAGCAAUGCCGUGAUGAUCAUCAAGUUAUUGAAUGGAAAACGAUCUCAAGCUGUGGGAAUUUUGAUAUCUAGUUUACAUUUAGAAAUGAAGGAUAUUCAUCAAGCCAUUUUUAAUGUGGAUGACUCUGUGGUUGAUCUGGAGACUCUAGAGGCCUUAUAUGAAAACAGAGCCCAAGAAGAUGAACUGGUUAAAAUAAGAAAGUAUUAUGAAACAUCCAAAGAAGAGGAAUUGAAGCUGCUCGAUAAACCUGAACAAUUUUUGCAUGAGUUAGCCCAGAUCCCUAAUUUUGCUGAGCGUGCCCAGUGCAUCAUCUUCAGGUCUGUCUUUUCUGAAGGUGUCACAUCUCUGCACCUGAAGGUAGAGAUUGUCACACGUGCCUCGAAGGGCUUGCUGCACAUGAAGAGUGUGAAAGAUAUCUUAGCUAUCAUUCUGGCUUUUGGAAAUUACAUGAACGGAGGAAAUAGGACUCGGGGUCAAGCAGAUGGAUAUAGUUUAGAAAUCCUGCCCAAACUCAAGGACGUCAAAAGUCGGGAAGCUGGGACAGAAAAGAGUGUUUUCCCCCUGCCUGAACCCCAGGACUUCUUUCUGGCUUCCCAAGUCAAGUUUGAAGAUCUCACUGAAGAUUUGAGAAAGCUGAAGAAGCAACUAGAAGCAAGUGAAAAACAGAUGAUGGUGGUGUGCAAGGAGUCCCCAAAGGAAUAUCUCCAGCCUUUCAAGGACAAGCUAGAGGAGUUCUUCCAGGAAGCCAAAAAGGAACAUAAAAUGGAAGAAAGUCACUUGGAGAAUGCACAAAAGAGUUUUCAAACAACUGUGAAAUAUUUUGGGAUGAAGCCAAAGGCUGGUGAGAAGGAGGUCACCCCCAGCUAUGUGUUUAUGGUGUGGUACGAGUUCUGCAGUGACUUCAAGACAAUCUGGAAACGAGAGAGUAAAAACAUAUCGAAAGAAAGAUUGAAAAUGGCUCAAGCAUUAGUCAGCAAGUUGACAUCAGAGAAGAAAGUGGAAACAAAAAAAAUCAAUCCGACUGCUAGUCUGAAAGAAAGAUUGUGUCAGAAAGAAGCCAGUAUGGCCACAAACUAAGAUGGAGACCCACGAAGAUGAUGGUGUUGCGGAAGGAGAACCUUGGGUUCUCCUAACCCAGUGCAGCAGGAAUUGCGUGAAAGAUUUCUCAUUAAAUGUUCGCUUUACUCA